CCUCAUAGAUUGAUAAAGAGUUAUCUUAAACGUGUGUAGCGACCAAGGAUGUGUGUAGGGACCAAAGUCCUCAACAGUCAUUUUCUAAGAUCAUAACGUCUCCAGAAUGAGUGAGCGUAAGAAUUUACAGGUGACACUGUUGAGCAGACCAGGUGUGAAUGGAGAGCCACAAGAAAGCAACUUCGGAAUUCAAGAAUGCCCAAUACCUACUUCAGAAUCCCUAGCGGCGGGAGACGUGCUUAUGAAAAAUCUGUUUUUGUCUGUGGAUCCAGCACUGCGUUGCCGCAUGAAUGAAGACUCUGGUGUGCAUUACAUGUCUGCAUGGCAACUUGGCCAAGGAAUUGAUGGCCUUGGUGGCGUUGGCAAAGUUAUGUCAAGUAACGAUCCUGUUUUUCAAGAAGGUGACCUUGUGACUGGCACUUUUUUGUGGCCAUGGACUGCAGAGUUCACCAUUGUGGGCAGCAAUUUGAGAAAGCUGCCAAAAGAAAUAUAUGGUAACCAUCCAUCCUUGGCUCUCAGCCUGCUGGGAGGAACAGGUCUGACAGCCUACCUUGGCAUAGCGGAACGAGCACAUCUUAGACAAGGUGGAAACCAGACUGUAGUUGUCAGUGCUGCUGGAGGUGCCACUGGGUCCCUUGCUGGACAGAUUGCACGCCUGCUUGGUGCUGCUAAGGUCGUGGGAAUAUGUGGCAAUGAGGAAAAGUGUAGAGUUGUGCGGGAAGAGUUUGGAUUUGAUUCUGCCAUCAACUACAAGACCACAGAUGUAGCAGCAGAGCUAAUGAAAAUAUGUCCUGAAGGAGUGCAUGUGUACUUUGAUAAUGUUGGUGGAGACCUUAGUACAUCUGUUAUCAAACAGAUGGUGUCCAACAGUCACAUAAUACUCUGCGGGCAGAUCGCAAUGUACAGCCAAGAUGUACCUUAUCCUCCACCAAUUUCAGCUGAACUGCAAGAAAUUUUACAGCAGCGCAACAUUACCAGGGAAAGAUUUCUGGUUCUAGACUUCCCAGACAAGUUUGAGGCAGCCCUGCAAGUUUUAGCUCAGUGGUAUGGUGAAGGAAAGAUCAAGGUGAGGGAGACAACCGUAGAAGGACUGGAGAACGCUGGAGCUGCCUUUGUUUCAAUGAUGAAGGGAGGCAACAUUGGUAAACAGAUAGUAAAAGUGGCUAUGUGAUUGCUUCUGCUCUCUGUUUAAAUAUCAGUCUUGUGAAACUUCACUUGUCUCCCUUUGUGUCUGCAAUACUUGUACUUCAUAUUUGCGCUUGCUCACUGUUUUAUUGUUAUUUUACAUAUUAAAAAACAGAAGGAAAUAUUUUUAAAAAUGAAACGACAGUGGUUCCUGUGCCUACCUUUUCUGUGUUUCUAGAAAUUCCUUUGAAUAAAACAUGGAACUAUU